AUGUUUGUUAAAUUGAUGUUGGUGUAGUUGUUAAUGUGAGAAACAUGUUGCUGAUCUGAGACUAUUCCAGCCUGGGAUUUGUAAAAUAAGCUCUGUUCCUGUUAUCUGCUGGAAGUUCCUACUGUCAACAUGCAUAGGUUUGUUACCUUUAACUCGAUCUCAGUUAACUAUAAUCUGUAUUAAUAACACAUUUGCAGAAACACAUACAACAGUAAGAAAUAUUAUUAUACUUACCCUAAUACCUGCGAGAAUGUAUAUUUAUACAUGCAAUAUAAUACACUUUUUUAAUUAAGCAAGUUUGCAGUAAAAUAACGGUUCUGAUACAAUAGUUAAAUUAAUAUAGAUAUUAAAGAUCAUACAAAUCUAAAUGAUAAUCCUUACUUUUUAGUGCUCUUUAAAUAACCCUACAGGAUAUUUUAAUAACGCUAACAAUCACCUAGUUGUGAGAUCGACUUCGGUCCAAGAAUACCGUUUCACGUGGAGUGAAAACGCAGGGGGAAAAAAAUUAAUGUUUUCUUCACUGAGGAUUCUCCGGGAAUGUGUGCACUCAACGACGAUUGGCUGCCGGCUCUCACUAGGCCCCGCCCCAAACCUGAAUUCGAAGACAAUCACUCGGCUGUCAUUGGUGGCCAGGAGCAUGUGACCAAAGGUGGGCGGGGCUAACGAGAAGGAGCAAGCAAAAAAAAAAAAAAAAAAAAAAGGGGUGCACUAGAUGCAAAAGAGAAAAGCGUCUGUGUGCGUGUUUGCGUGUGUGUAUAUAAAUGUGAGCGCGCGCGCGUGCGUGAGCGUAUUGGAGUGCGCGCUAGAUCAUGCAGGCUACAUUAUGGUUUGUGUAAAGCAUUGUGUUUCAUUUAUGACGAGGACCAAAUAUUUUCCACAGAAGGAUUUACACUCUCCGAAGUUUGGAGCAAGGGAGCCAAAGGAAACAUGGCCGAAGGAGGAGUGGGGAAUGGUGGAGGGAGUCUUCGCCCCGAGUCGCAGGAAGGUACUGGAUCCUCGCCCAUGCACGGCACAGGCCACUGUAAGUGGUUUAAUGUACGAAUGGGCUUCGGAUUCAUAUCGAUGACAAAUCGCGGAGGAACUCCUCUUGAUCCUCCAUUGGACGUAUUUGUUCACCAAAGUAAGCUGCACAUGGAGGGGUUUCGGAGUCUGAAGGAAGGUGAGGAUGUUGAGUUCACGUUCAAGAAGUCCUCCAAAGGCCUGGAGUGUGUGAGGGUGACCGGGCCCGGAGGAGUGCAUUGCAUCGGCAGUGAGAAAAGACCCAAAGGGAAAAACGUGCAGCAAAAACGAAAGCCAAAGGGAGACCGCAGCUGUUAUAACUGUGGUGGUCUGGACCAUCAUGCCAAAGAGUGUGGCCUUCCUCCUCAACCUAAGAAGUGCCACUGCUGCCAGAGUGCCUCCCACAUGGUGGCACACUGUCCUCAUAAAUCGCCCUCGGCCACUCAGGGAAGAUGCAGCCUAGAGCCAUCCAGCUCGAGCUCUGUCCAAAGCCUGAGCACUCAAAGAGCCUCCUACACAACUCAGGACAGUUCAGCCCUUAGCAAAGCCUCCAGCUCUCCCAAGGAGCCAACACCAAAAGCUGCCUCGUCACAAAGAAAAAAGAGGAAAAAAUGAUCCCUUCAUCAGCGCAAUAGUCUUUCAGGCUGCCUGGUUUUAUCCAGUUCCUCACCAUGAGAAUUUUCCACUGGACUCACCCUACCUCAGACCAAUGAGCUAAGGCCAGGUUGACAUCUCUGGAUCUGCUGAAGAGAGGGAAUUUGUGCUGCUUUCUUUAUUCAUCUGUACUGUGAGCGAUUCAGAGAGGGCAAAUGGUUUUCCAGUGCUUUUAAGAGACUGAUACCUCAUGCACAAUACACAUCUAGCCAGAAUGCAUUUAACUCAUUUUAUUGCUUAGUUGUUUGUUCUUAACUAUGUAAUCUAACUUGAAUGCAGUAUAACACAUUUUUAACAGCUGCAGGGAUUUUUGACAUCUGUAGGCACACUGUACAAUUCUGAGCCAAAGAAAACAAGAGAUUGGCAGUCUCUUUUAUGUAUUGUUUUUAAAAUGGUUUAAACAAGCUUCCUGUAUCAGUCUGCUUACUCCCCCUUUCCAUUGCUCUAAAGCCACAACACUCUUUUGCCAGCUGAUUAAUGAAUAUGAAUGUGAUAGCAAUCUGAUAUGUCUACAGAGAUUUUUUAUUUUUUUGCCUUAUUGUUUACAUGUUUAAAAUCAGGUUUUAAAUUGUAACCAUUAUGUUAUUAAUCUGUUUUUGUCUAAGUUUAGAUAAGAAGCUCAAAUAGAUGCAUUGCCUCUU